UCCAAUUAUUUUAGAACAAGAUGAUAUUCUUGUAUCUUUUGAUGUAGUUUCAUUAUUUACAAAUAUUCCCAUUCCAUUAGUACUAGAAUUGAUUGAAAAAAGUUGGGAUACAAUCAAAGAUCACACCAGAAUUCCAAAAAUAAAAUUCUUGGAAAUUUUACGUUUUUGUGUGAUUGAUAACAAUUAUUUAGAAUUUGAUAAACAUUUUUAUCAGCAGAAACAAGGAGUUCCCAUGGGAAGUCCUGCUUCACCAAUAUUAGCAGAUAUUGUAAUGGAAGCUUUAUUAGAUGAGGUUUUUGAAAAUAUUCAAGAUAAGCCAAAAAUAAUAACAAAAUAUGUCGAUGACAUUUUUAUAAUCCUAAAAUCUAGUCAUGUUAAUUCUACUCUAACUGCUUUAAAUUCUUUUCAUCCGAAAAUUCAGUUUACAGUUGAGUAUGAAAAUAAUGGCGAACUUCCAUAUCUUGAUGUAAUGGUUAUAAGAAAAAAUAAUCAACUAAUAUUUGAUUGGUAUAAAAAACCAACAUCGUCAGGUCGUCUUAUUAAUUACAAUUCCAAACAGCCUAACCAAGUAAUUAUAAAUACAGCAAAAAAAUUUAUAAAAAGAGUAUUGGAUAUCAGUGACAUUGUCUUUCGUCAAAAGAACAUUAAAAUAAUUAUGGACACAUUAAUUUCGAAUUCAUUUCCUUUAAAUAUAAUAAAAACGCUAUUGAAUCAACAUUUUAAUCCUUUGGUUCGGACAAAUUUAGCAACAAAUGUUACACAAUUUUCAUACAAAAGUGUUUUAUACAUUCCAAAUCUUUCGAAUAGGAUGUUAAAUGCCCCUAUAAGGAAUAAAGAUAGCGUUCGUUUAGCAUUCAAAUCAGCAAAUAUAUUAAGAACUUCUUUGUUUUCAAAUUUAAAAGGUGAAUUCUCCAAAAACGAAAAAUCAGACAUUGUAUAUAAAAUAAAAUGCUUAGGUGAUGGAACAAACCACUGCCCUUCAGUUUAUGUAGGUACUUCAAUGCAGAAACUUAAGAAUAGAAUUGCCGGACAUAGAUCAGAUAUACAUAGUGGACAUUCUCAAAAAACAGCUUUAGCUUUACAUUGUAUAGAUGAAGGACAUAGGCCAGAUUUUAAUAACGUAGACAUUUUACAAACAGAAAAACACUAUAGCAAAAGAAUGUUGCUAGAAAUGUUACAUAUCUUAGAUACAGAUAAUACUGUUAAUAGGAGAUCAGAUUGUGAGGGACUUAGCAAUAUUUAUAGUCAGUUUGUCCAAAGAAAUAUGUUAGAUUAGAUUUUAUCUACAUUUUUAACUUGAAUUUUUUGUUAGGAUUUGUUUUUGUUUUUCUUAUCAAAUUUUUGAAUUUCUUAUCAAAUAGAAAUUUUUUUAAUUUGAUUGUUUUGAAAUUUCAAUAAUGUGAAACGUCUUUUUCAAGAUAUUCUAUUAUUGAAUUUUUUGAAAUAUCACUGAUAUAAAAAAAAGCUAAGCAGUUUUUGACAAACCACUUUUUUGAGAAACCUUAAGAGGUUAAAAGUUUUUAAUAUUAGUCCUGAAGAAGGGUAUAUCCAUACCCGAAACGUCGACUGGUACGAACUUUAAUCAUUAGAAAAUACAAGCAAGACCUAUAGCCCACGAAACAGUAAAAUUUACUUUACUUUCAAAAAGGUCACGAAAAAAGGAAU